UGAAACGGUGGAAGUACUAAUUUCUGAUAGAUAGAUAGAUUUGGGUUUUAGUUAUAUAAAUGGGCUCAGCUUUAGGCCCAAUACAUUAACCUUUAGCGUGUUAUCUUCCGUGUUUCAAGAACGAGAAGGUCAACAAAUCCGAUGGAUGGGAAUAUGAGGCGGUUACCACCGUGGAUGACCGCCGUCGCGUCCUCCGGUGUAACAGCUGCAAGCAAUAGAACAGACGAGGGUGAAAUAAAACAGGAAGCAGAAGCUCCCAAGACCAAGAAGAAGCGUAAAACUCGAAGAGAGACAGAUGACGCUGAGGAACCCAAAAAGGUGGAGAUCAGGAGAAGAGGAAGAGUUGGUAGGAAAAUCAAAGAAGAAGAGGCUAAGCCUAGUAUUCGCGAUGAUGUUAAGAGUCCCGAGAUUGUUCACUCCGUGACUAGUCCAGAAGAUGAGGAGGAUCUCACGGUUGAUGAUUUGUUAAGCUUUGCUCAAGAGUACGUCAAAGGUGAGGAGGAUGACCAGGCAGUGUCAACAUCUGAAUCAAUGGUGGUUGAUGUCAAUGAUGAAUCAAACACGAAAGCUCCAACAUCAGAUGACAUGAUCAGUUUGCUAUUGGGUCCUUUUUUCAAUACUCGAAAAUAGUUAGAACUUGGAUUGAAUUAGAGAAUUGUGUACAUGUUUAUUAUUUUUGAGAUUUUGGUUUGAUUUUCCUGUAUAUAUGAUAAACGUUUCAUUUGUUUUCUUGUCUAUGAUCAUUAAGACUGAUCAUUAAGACACGAAGAUAUAAAGAUUGGUGAGGAAGAUAA